CAAAGGCAUGUCCAGUUUUCUACUGUCUAUAGUCACUGCUGAUACACUAAUCAGCUGUUCCAUUAUUUUAUUGAAUAAAAUUUUGAUAUUAUUUUCUUCAUUUUUCAAUUAUCAUUAAGUUAUACUGCUUUUUAAAAUGAAUAGUUCAUCAGAUCCUAGACGACCAGAACGGGAAGUUCGAUAUAAACCUAAUGUAAUGAACAGUCAAGUACAACUCGGCGAUAAUUCUACACCAGAUUACAUGAAUAUAUUAGGAAUGGUGUUCAGUAUGUGCGGUUUAAUGAUGAGAUUGAAAUGGUGUGCAUGGGUUGCAUUAUAUUGUUCUUGUAUAAGUUUUGCCAAUUCCAAAGUAUGCGACGAUACUAAACAAAUUCUCAGUAGCUUUAUGUUAUCUAUAUCCGCAGUUGUAAUGUCAUAUUUACAAAAUCCACAACCAAUGACUCCACCUUGGGCAUCAGCAAUGCAAUAAAAUUAUUUGAAAUGUC